AUGCCGACUGUAUUCUCUGUUGUCACGAUUCCAUAUACUCACAUUAAGCCGACAGAGGCCAUUUAUGGGCGAAAGCUACGAGCCCAGAGACGCAGAGAAAAGAGCGAAGCAGCUGGGGGUCCUUCCCUGCGCCCCCAAGCUGCAGAAAAGCAGCAAAUUAGUGAUAUGGCUAACCUAGCUGUAGCACCAGAACACUAUCUUGGUGAUCAUGAUGCUUUCAAGGCUGACGCAGAGGAGGAAUUUAAUGGCACCAUUCCCAUUCCAAAGACCUACAAGGAGGCAGUCAAUGAUCCUGACCAUGGAGCCAAAUGGAGAGAAGCAAUAAAGCUUGAGCUGGACAACCUAAUUCGAUUUGGACCCUGGAGAUAUGUCAGAAGACCUAAUGUCUUUGAUGUCAAACAUACUGCUGACGGACGAAUCGAUAGACUCAGAGCUCGACUAGUUGCAUGA